AUGUCUGAUCUCGACGUCCAGGUUCCAACUGCUUUUGAUCCGUUUGCUGAGGCAAAUGCUGAGGACUCCGGCGCUGGUGCUGGAUCAAAGAACUAUGUGCAUGUGCGUGUCCAGCAGCGCAACGGAAGAAAGAGUCUGACUACUGUUCAGGGCUUGAAGAAAGAUUACAGCUACAACAAGAUUCUCAAGGAUCUCAAAAAGGAAUUCUGCUGUAAUGGUACUGUAGUCCAGGAUCCAGAACUAGGCCAGGUCAUCCAACUCCAAGGUGAUCAGCGUAAAAAUGUUGCUACUUUCCUAGUUCAGGCUGGACUUGCAAAGAAAGAGAGCAUCAAGAUUCACGGAUUUUAG